AUGGACGGAGCAAAGAAGGCGCCAACGGCGCAAAAGAAGGCGCAAGCGGAAAGCGUGAAGGAGAAACGGGAGGAGCUCGUGGAGAUUGAGCUCGAGUUUGACGAGGCCGGGUUAGAGCCUCAAGCGGAGAAAGCGAAGAACGGGGCAACGGGGGAGCCGUUGUCAGACCUCAAAGGUGUGGCGUCCGUUGCUUUGAGGGGCGCUUCGCUCUUCGAUGACAUCCACAGCAAGGAGAUCGAUCUGGGCGAGCUGCUCUCGGCUCAAAGGAUCACUGCUCUUGAUCUCGUCUGGCAGAUUCGGCAGCAGGGUUGA